GCGGCGCCCCGACGGCAGCGGCGGGUGCGCGCGGGAGCUGGGCCCUCGGCGGGACGCUCCCGGUGUGUUCGAGCGUUUACCUUUUCCCCUUCUUUUAGUAGAGUUUUUCUACGGUGUUUUUCUUCUUUUUUCCCCCGUUCCCCGCCAGGACUGGGAGCAGGACCCGCGCCCCUGGAACUGCUAUGCCAACUGAACUCCGCAGGGCCGUGAGAAUGCACGCCAUCUCCGACCUGCACUCCUCCCUCACCCUGCGGCUCCUUAACAAGGGGCCCGAGUACCUCCGCAGGCAGAUGGAGGCCGGCAACCCCGGCAGGAGAAGUGCCGUGGAGAGGCUAGCAGCCGAUAAGGCCAAGUACGUAAAAAGCCAGCGGGUAAUCAGCACCACGCAGGAGCCCGUCAUCGUGUUCAGCUCAGCCUCGGAGAGCAGCAGCGAGACCUGCUCGGUGGAGAGCAAGAAACCCAGCAGGGACUUUGGGAGAGGGAAGGGCGCGAAGCCGCUGGAGCUGGCGAAGGCGGUGUAUUCCUGCCGGGCCCCCCUGCAGCACGGCCCCCCCAUAGCCAGGCGCAGCACCCCCAGGAGGCAGAUGCGGCCGGACUCCCUGGUGAUUUACCGCCAGAAAUGCGAGUUCGGGAGAGGUCAAAGCCAGGACAGCUCACGGGGGAGCUUGGUGAGGAGGAUCUUCCAAGGGUCUGUAAAGGAGAAGCAGCUGGCUUCCUCUGAGAUGCCCAGAGUCAUGGAGGACACCGCAGCCACCGAGAGCAAAGAGCCUCUCUCAGAGAAAGACAGUGACCGUGAGCUGAGCAGCCAUGGAGCGGAGCAAGCCAUCACUAUGAGCACUGAAGCACGAGGAGUAUGUACAAAAGAGCAUGAGGGACCCUCAAAACUUAGUAUACCUCCUGAGGAGGCCAAGGAGGUGAAGAGGAGAGGUCUCCAUCGCUCCCAGUCGGACAUCAGCUCUCGCUACUCCAAGUCUUUCUCCGAGUUUGAUACAUUUUUUAAGUACUGUGGCCUGGAUCAGGAGGUCAUCGAGGAUCUCGGGAGAGAGAACUUCUCCGUGGUGUCCGACAACAUCUCCUUCAAGAUCCGCAGCAUCAGUGUGGCAACGUCCGAGAGCGACUUCACGAGGCACAGCGGGGACGAGGGGCUACUGGAGGAUGAACUCACAGAGCAGGUCCCGAGCAGCACCUCUGUGAUUGAGCGCAAUGCUCGGAUAAUCAAAUGGCUGUACACGUGUAAGAAAGCCAAGGAGGCUAACAAAAUGAUCCAGGAACUGGCAUGAUGGCUUCUUUCAGCGUGCAUUGCAGCCUCAAGAAUCCUUGACUUGAAAGUCGAACAAAACCAGACACAGGAAGAAACUCUUUCCUCAUCUAGAUCAUGAAUGCUUUGUCCAAGUUUAGUAUUUUAUUACUGCCUCCUACCUUUGCCCACCUUCCUCUUACCACAAACACGGGAGCUUCUAGGAGCACAGUGACAAGCGGAGAUUGUGAACUGUGCUCCAGCAAGGCAGCAAGAAACGAAAGCUCCUGUAAAACCAAAGCGUGGCAGCAGCUGCCAUCCAUGGUUAACAUUCAGAAUCA